AUGAUAAGAACCAACGUUUUAAGCGAGGCAGUGGAAAAACGCGCCGAUUUGCCUUGUGGCUAUGAAGAAGACUUUGUAAAUCCUGUUGACGACGAUUUGCAAUGUUCAAUUUGCCAAUUAACGUUGCGAAUCCCGGUUCUUACUAGAUGUGGUCACAGAUUUUGUAGAGGGUGCCUAGAGCGACAUAUGUCAAAUAGGUAAAUGUAUUUGUUGAACUGAAUGCAAAAAGUUGUAAAUUAUAGGUCAGUGUCUUAGAAAUAAGAAAAAUAUCAGCUUUAUUUUGUUUUUUAUUAGACAAUAUAAUUUACUGACCUUCGCCGAAACAGGAAGUUGAGCCAGAUUCCGUAUAUAUUCAUUAUUUACAAUUACUGAGACAAUAACCGGUUUAACGGUGCUGCUUUGUUAGGAAUGCCACUUUAUCAACACAUAUAAGCUAACAGAGCUUCUAAGGGAAUUAAAAAAAGAAAAUAACAAACUUCUUAGGCUGGAAACAUUCGUAAAUAACACGCGGCUUUGACGGUGGUUACACCGGUCACUAGAAAUAGCAAAGUCGUUUAAAUCAUUCAUCUGUUUCAGGAAUGUUCCGAUAUUUAAACGGAAAAGAGAGAUGUGGAGCAUUUUUCACAUAACAUAAUAAAUUAUUUACGAGCUAUCUUUUGAGAGGAAGCGAAGCUUGGUUUAACUUUGUUUGGACCACUACAAACCUUCAUUUUGAACAUAUAUAUAUUAUAACGUUAGAAAAACAUGAUUUACAUACAUGUUUGCGCUUCGCUUAACUUGUAGUCACAAAUGUAAAUUGGCUGGAGCUACAGCCAACUCUCUCCUUGCAGACAUGUCUCUGGUAUGGACACCUCAAUAAUACGAAUACAUCCAGUUUCAAUUAAUUGAAUCGGAGAGAUCUUCCUCUAUGUAUGUGAGGCAGUUUGAAAACAAACAUAUUUCAAUUAACCUGUACUAAAAUCUUUAUCGUCAAAGUGAUUUAAAAUCGAUAAAUUCACAAUUAAUACUGGGAAACACGCAAGUGCAAGCACCAGUUCUUGUUGCAAAUGUCCGAGUUGGCCGCGACCGUCGUCAGUUACUUUCAGAGCUGGCCUAUCCCCCUUUUCUUUAUAAUAAUAAACUUUUCACCGUCACCGACGGCGAAAGAGCACUUGUUUUAGCCCUUUAACCAUCGCUUCCAGAAUUGUUAAUUUUACGUCUCCUGCCCCCAUGUUCGUUUUAAUGUUCGAUCGGCAAAGUUUUUGAGUGAGUUCGAUUAAGUUCAAUUACCGAACCAAAUCGAAGUCAAACGAACGAUUGGAGUUCGAUUGGGUUCGAUUACCAAAUGUUUGAUUGGUUACGCCGGACAUAAUCAAAGGCCACGCUAUUGGUCAGGUUAUUUUUCCCAACCAAUACUGCGGUACGUUCAGUUGAAAUUCUCUUAUCUCGGCUGCAUAAGGAGAAAAAUGGCGAAACUAACUGAUUUUAAUUCCACCCGGUAGAGAAUCCACAUCAUGGAAUUAGUUUCAAAGCUUCAUAUCGACCUGUAAAAAGUUUAACUCAUGACACAAGAGGGGACCGAUUGGCAUGUAUCGCGUUAUUUUAAUACUGACAAAACAACCUUACGCUGUUUUAGAGUAAUACAGCCUGGCAAAGAAAGUAGUAAUCUGUCGCAAAAUUUAAUUUUAUCUAAAUUCGCAGCCUAGACCCUAGGCGUUCUCUCUUGACCCAUUGUCCACGCGAAGUCUGAGAAAGAGCGGGCGAGAGAACGUGUUCUCGGCUUCUCGGCGAGUCUGUCUCGGUGACGUCACAGCUCACGGUAAAGUCCAGAUUAACCGAGCCGAGAAAGCCUAGGGACGAGGCUGCUAGAUCGAUUUUUCUUUAUUCUGAUUUGUAAAUCUUGCACUAUUGACUGCCACUUAUCCUCUUUCUGAAAAGCUGUAAAAAUUUCCCAACAGUUUUACACUCCGUGGAGCUGUUUGAAGCACCUUUAGCGAUAUACGUUUUUCUUAUCCAGAACUAAAGAUGUCAAGACAAGAUAUUUUGGUCACUUUCAUUUUAUUAGGCAAGAAUGUCAACAAAUUGUUUGUAACUGCCCUGUUGAUAGAGAGGAGCUCGAUUGUGAUAAGGUAAAUUUGUGCACUAAUAUGGCUUUCAGUGAUACAUAUUGGCAUUUUUUAAUUUUUUUUAAUCCCUCUGUGGUUGUCUGCAAAUCCAAUACUUUACAAGGGAAAACGUUCAAAAAAACACUUGAACUUGAUUUUGUUUCAACCGUUCUAACAGAGCACAAAAGUCAAUUAGUCAAUUGCAAGAACUGUUUCGACCGCUGCAGAACAAUUAAAAAGAAGGGCAUGUUUAUUAGGAGGAACCCAAGACUGGAUUGUUAUCUCAAAACUUGGCUUCGUUACCUCGAACGAAACGGAAAAUCCGAAAAUGGACUCUUGACAGCGUGACAAUAAUAUUAGACUCUGGGUUCGCUUGUUCAGAUCUGUUCAUCUACAAUGUAAUUUGACGCACAGAUAAUCGUCGUAAACACCAUUAACUAAACAGAGUUUCAAGCAUCUACUAAUACCCAAGGUUAUUUUUCAGCCAUUUUCUUGACGUUUAAAUCGAUUUCAAGUAACCGAGUCUUCUAGGGCCUGUAGUUGAUACAAUUGUUUUCCAAUUCAAAAGCAAGACAAAGACUGUUGGUUGAGCUUUUACUGUCUUGACAGCGGUGAGAAGUUCCUCAAAGAAUAAAACAUUACAUAUCAACGCCACUAUGCAAUAUUUCCACUGCUUUCAUUACACAGGAUAUUUUCCCUGAUAGAGCCAGUGUAAAAUGUUCAAGUACUGGAUGUGAAUGGACUGGAGAACUGAGGGAAAAAGAGGUGAUAUUCAACUACAGCUAGCUUCUCACUUACUCUUUCAUCACUUUCACAAACACCAAAGCUACCAUUUUCCUGUUGCUCUACCUCAAUUAUCAAAUUCUCUUGUUUCUCCAUAACCAACAUCAGUGUAUUGACUUUCCUCACCAUCACCUUUCUAUUGUUGGACCUUCACCAAAAUUCAGGCUUGUGCGUUAUAUUUUCAGAUACUGAAAUACACACCAUGUAAUGUUUCCAAGGGUAUUUGGCUUUUGUCAUUUCAUUAGUUAUGCAUACAUAUGCACGUGUUUAGGACAACUUGUGUGAAAGAAACACUGAGUUCUUUGGGGUAACAUCAUAUAGUAUGUGAUAGGAAAACAAAAUUAGAUACAAGCUAAAAAGUUCUAUUGACCCCAAACUGGCCUUGCAAGUUAGCGAGAUUGCACCUAUGAUUACUGCUACAGUCAAACGAAUAUCUAUGUUUGGUUUUUAUCAGGAUCACCUAUUAGCUUGCUCUUUCAAACUUAUAUCUCGCCCAAAUGUGAACUGUGCUGUAAAAACAACCAGACAAAAAAUGGAUGAACACGUGGCCACCGUGUGUGAGUGGAGGAUGGUGACCUGUGAUCACUGUAGUGAGCCACAUCCUAAGUGUUUGCUCCAAGUAAGUUUUAAUGAUAAAGAGUUUGCGCAAAUGCAUGGUAUUAACAAGUAUACAGAUAAAAAAAAUCGUCGUAAUAAACAUGGCUAUCCCAUGGACAUAAAGCUACAAUUUACAUCAUUAACAGCUCCUUUUUUCUGUAUAAUCAUGGUACACAUGGUCUGUUAGCAUGGGCAGGUCUUUAUGAUAGUUGAGAAGGGUGUACUCAGCUAUUCCUGAAAGGACGGGAAAGGGGAGUGAGGACUAAGUGGAAAGACAAAUUGACGCUGACCUAUAAACAAUUAAAGCACGGUUCCUUUUUGCUUAAAAAAGGCUGCGUUUUUGUCAUAGUCAGCAUCUUGGUAGAAUAUCUGACCAUAAUGAGUGUUUUUCAAUUCUUUGGCCACUUGAAAUAUUUCAAAAUGGUAGUUAAUAGACAUUUUUAGCUUGUUUGUUUUGUUUUCCCAAUUCAGACCACAUGAUGUUCUCCAGGGAAUUUGCCUUUACACUUAUUUACGUGGAUGCACAUGCAUAAGAAGGUAUUUGAAAGAAUCAGUUCUCUUGGGUACCAUUACGUGGUCUAAAAAUGGGAAAACAAAAAAAUACAAGCUAAAAAGGUCUAUUCUUUGAAGUUUGUCCCCAGCGAAAAACAAAAACAAAGAAUAAAAAACGGUACACUGUAUGUUAUUGAAGAACUGAGACCCUCCUAAUUACUAGGUUUUAAAUUGAUUCUAGCAGCUAAUCGAAGUAAUAAAAGGGACCCCUUAACAAUGACGUAUCUACUUGAAGACCAAGCAGAUACAUAUAUGUAGAAUUAGUGUCAAUUUCACCCAAUGCAUGCACAUGACCGCGAUAGACAUUGGUGUUUUAGAUGCAUUUUCACGCCCUAUUAAAGAGCGAUUACUUGAGUUCAUUUUAACCCACAUUUUUGCUCAAAGGCAGCAACUUCCCUGGUUGGUGCCAGUAUGGGAGUCCUGCUAUUAGGUAUUGGAAUUCAGAGGUAGUCAAAUUCGGGAAAUAUAUUUAAAAAAUGGUUUGUAUCCAUAGGAACAUGCUGAUAAUUGCAAGAGGAAACCUGAGGAAUGCCUAAACGGUUGUGGUGAAUUGCUCGCUAGGGAGGAGGUAUCGUGGGUUUGCACAGUUUUUUACUGCUCACAAUCAUCGUUCAUACGCCUUAGUUCCAAAAUAUUGGCGAACUUAGGGCGUGUUCGUUUUACUAUAUUCCGGAAUAAGAAAAUGUAGUCAAGAAAACACUUAUUUUGUCAUUCAUUGUAUUGCAAUAUUUCUAGUCUGCUCCAAAUAAAUAAUUCCUUUGCAUGGUCCAAAAAUCAAGGUGGAAGAGAUUUGUAACAAAACUUUUUCGUAUUCUGUUCUGGAAUAUUAACAGUCGAACGUACCCUUUUAAGUUAGUUAGUUAUCUCAUUGUCUACGUGGUAAUUUGCCCUCAAGCGUUGACUUGUUUCAAGGUAAAGGGUCUUUUCAUUUCUGAAAAUGCAAUAGACGAUAUUCGUAUUCCCCGACGGCCCUGGGACGAGAGACUUCACAGCAUGAUUGCGAGGCUAAAGCGGGGAACUUUUUGGCAAAAACACAAACAAACAUUGAUUAGUCGCGGCUGAAUCGCUGCAAAACGAUAGAAAUCAGCAAAAAACUGCAAGAUUUAAAAGCUGAAACCUUACGGGUAAGCUAAAGGGAUAUAUGUUUCAAAAAACAAAACUGUGAAAAGAGCUGGUCGUACUAACAGCAAAAUUUAAAAAGCUACGAAGCCAAAAGAAGAAACAAGAAGUAAUCAGGAAAAUGGUAUAUUGUGUCAAAAUGUCAAUACUCGACUCCUUUUUAUACAAUUUUAUUCUUCUUCUUAUUCUUUUCCUCUUGUGUGCAUCUGUAGUGUGGAGCUUAAACUGCUCAGUAUUAUCGUCUGUACCAAACUCUGUGUUGAACUGCGCGCACGUUUUUGUACUCUCACACAGUUGUUAUCCGUAAUGUAACUGAAAUUUGAAAAUAAAUUUUACCUAGUCAUCUUUGUUCAAACCGGUUUAACUUCCUUAAAAUGCACAUGGAUUGUGUGCAGAACGUUAAGCCCCGUCCUGAUAAGUAAUUAUCCACUGAAUGAGUCGUUUGGUUUACUUCAAAUACACAUUCAAGAUUUUGCAUCCGCUCUGUUAGAAAAUUUCAACUGCAAAGUAGGUGUGAUAACAUCACUGUUAACGUUAUCGCAGGCUUCCGAUAAUUACGUCCAUUUCAAUAAAAGGUAUUCUUCAAAAAGUUUAAAGGAAACUGAAAAUUACAAUUAAAAUGUCUUCGUGGCUUUUGAGAACAUCUCUGUUUAUAUUAAAUUAUAAACUCGCUCAUCAAGCACUCUUUUCAUCAAUAUAAUUAUGAUCAGGAUCGCUGUUUUUCUUAGUAAUAAUGAGCAGAUCUUCCUUUGUUGUUUGAAAUAAUGGUCUCUCUCAAGUGUGUAAGCCCUUCGGAACUUUAUAAUGUUAAGAAUUUUCCUUAAAUUCGGCAAACUCAGCGACAGUUUUCUCAUAUUUGUUUGUCCUCUUGGCGAGAAGUUCCCCGCAUGAGCCUCGCAUUCACGAUCUAGGCCUACUCGUCCCAGGACUGUCGGAGAAUACGAAUACUGUCUAUUGGGGCAAAUAUGAUUUAUAUACACCCCACGUAUAAAAUACAAAAGAAAAGUAAUAUUGCCGCCACUUUUUUCGAAUAGAAAACCACUCGGCUUCCUAUUUUACUGCUAGAAGAUCGUUACCUUUGUUCUAGGGAUGCUUACGGCAGUCACUAAAUAAGCAGCACAUUGUCAUACUAAUGCGUCUAAAGAAUAUGCAGUGUAUUUUGUGGGAUUUUUUUCCCUCUUUAAUAUUUUCAUAUCAAGAGAUAUCUUUGAGAAGGGGCUACUCAGGCACCACAUUUUUCAGGAGUUUCUGCGAUCCGCCCUGUUUACAACUCCUGCUUCAUUUUCAUAAAGGCGAAUAUACCGUUGUAAACUGAGUGAUUAAAGUAGUUUUCUCUAUUAUUUUAAUAUUCUGUACGUAUUCGGAAAGUACUAAGAACAGCCUGUUGGCCAUUGUCGUUUUAGAUAGCAGCUCAUAUUGACAACAAAUGUCCGCUGACAUUGAUCUACUGUCCAUAUUCUCAGAUAGGAUGCGAUACAAAGGUAAACUGUCAGUACUGUGUGUAAGUCAGUGCCCAGUUUUAAUAAAAAAUUAGAGUAAUCAGAUGUACAACGUUCCCUUUUCAUUGAGAGGGAUUUCUUAGGAUAGUGGACUUGGGAAAUCUAACAUACAGCCGUGAGAAAAUAAAAUAAAUUCACUCGAUUUAUGGGUGGUGCCAGAAAUAUUUCGUGCCGCUUGAAAAUCAAACGCUAUUGUUUCUAAGUAUUUUGCAUCGAUGUAAGUCCAUUAAAAGUGGCGUGGUUUUUCUUGAUGUUAACAUUCUAGCAUGUGAAAAGGGUUAAAAAUAACCUUUGACGAAGAACAGACACAAAAGAAUUUGACUGGAACUUAAACAAUUGAGAGUUCAAGCAUGCCGAACGCAUAACCCAAAGCCUAAUUUGCAUAGAAACUGCAAACAGUCAUAACUUUAAGAGAAUUUACGUAAGCAUGAUGAAUCAGGGUAAUAACAUAAAACUUGAAAUCUUUGAGACAAAUUGCUCAAAACUAUUCAUUAGAAGGCAUAAAAAAUCACAAAUCAAUAUUCACACGCAAAAAUAAUAACUGGAAGUUAUAUUUUUUCUGAUGCAGAUUCAGCGAAAAGAAGUGGAAGAUCACCUUCAGACAUCAACGACACUUCACAUCGAAUUAACGCUUAAAAAUCUAAAAGCAGCAACAGAAAAACUCGACUUUCUUCAGAAGCAGGUACAAGAACUGACAGUUGCCAAUUCUACUCUCAGGAUGAAAGUGGAUGAACAAAGCAAGACAAUUGCGAGAUUGAAUGAAGAAUCCUUGUCCUUCGUAUGGAGGGUGACUAAUUUUUUUGGAAGAUCUUGA